CAGCAAAACUUAACUAGAGUUCUGAAGAAAUGUUGUGGUAUUUAGUGAUUUUGGCCUUUGUGCCAUUUCUAACGCAAAUGCAAGGUGAAUUGAUGUGUGCAUCAGGGGAAGAGCCAUUUCUUCAGUUGACUGUUGUUGGUUGCGAUGAGUUUCCUUGUAAUGUUUAUGUGGGAGAAAGAGCUGCAAUGGAAAUCAUUUUUCGUGCACCACGAGACAUUCAGAGCUUUUCACCAAGAGCUCUUGCCUUCAUUCUAAACAUCCCCAUUCCGUAUGAACUCCCCUAUGAAACACGAGAUGGAUGUUCCCAUCUUUUGGACGGAGAAUGUCCCAUCCCCCAGGGUACUGUUGUCAGACAUAUUCUCUACAUGGACGUGAGUCCGCAUUAUCCAGGUGCCCAAAAUCUCUUAGUGGACAUUUCACUGCAUGAUGAGAAUGAUGUUGCCAUUGGAUGUACUCGAGUUACAUUACACGUUAUAAGAUAA